AUGUUCGCGUCUAUUGGGCAAUGGCUGCUGUUCGCGCCCGUCUUCGCGCUGGGUGUCGCUGCGCAUCGGGACUGGUGGCUACAGGGCCUGCCGCGAUGUUGGCGGGAUUGCUUGGGUAACACAGACGACGGCUGCGGUUAUAGAAAAUGCAUAUGCCAGACGAGCGAAAGCAGCGCCUCGUACCUACCCAGCGCUGUUGCGUGCGCCGUCUCCAAGUGCGAUGCCGACGAUUGGGCCCUCGAACUCGUCCUUGGGCCGCUAGAAUUGUAUUGCGAUGCGAUAGGCUGUACCAUACCCGCAGAGGUGGUGGACGAUGCAUACGCUGCUGUCUCGAGUACAUAUGAGCCAACAACGACGACGCGCGAAGCCCCUCCCUCCAACACCGCCGCCGCACCCGAGCCAACGAGCACCAGCGAAGGCGAUGACCAUGACGACGACGACGACGACGACGAUGACCUGACAAGCGCAGUCAGCACAACUAUAACCAAAACCACCAUCGACAGCGACGGCAACACGCUGCAGAUAGUUGUGCCGAUAGUCAUGGACCCAACUGGCAUCAGUACUGGGACCAUUGUUACAUCGACUGUGGCUGGUGGCUCACCAACGGCCGCGAUCUCAUCGCCUAGCCCAACUGCCCAGCCUUCCGCUCCGGCGCCGACACCAAGCGCCACAGGCGUGUCGUCAACCUCAACCUCAUCGGAGUCGGAAGAGACGGAUCCCCCGGCCAAUGGCAACGGUAGCCCGUUCGAGAACAUGCAGGCUGGUGCAGGAAGAUGGACCGUGUCAAUACCAAUCAUGGCACUUGGUGCACUCACCGUGCUCGGGAUGCGCAUGUAG